AUGGCGGCUGGCCUUCGGCAACUGUCUCUUUUGCUGGUCACGUGUCUUUGUUUCUCAGACGCACAAGGUACAACAGGAAGUCCGUCCGCUACCGAUCUCGAUACUGAUACCACGCUGUCGAACACAGCCGAUGGGCCGACCACGCCGGCUGCAACGGAGAUACCGUAUGCCUGUCCGUCGUCGCGCAACAAAUGGCACACCUGCUAUUCCGGUUGCUUGGAACCGCCCUGGAAGCAGUUCUACUGUCAUUGCGAUGAUCUUUGCCUAACGUACGACGACUGUUGCCCGGACUACGAGGAGUACUGCGGGGUCGGAACGUUCGACGUCGAUGAGAUGACAACGGUCGGAGUCGGUGUUACCGACGGGGAUAGACGUUCCGGUAGCGAGAAUACAGCAGAAUACAUGAGGUGCAUCCAGACGGACGAGUUUGACCCUGAGGGAUCUAGACCCCGGUCUGGGUUCUGGCUUGUGGCUGUCUGUCCGCCGGACUGGACUGGGGCUGCCGCGGUCACUGAGCUGUGCGAGAAGACGAUUGGGAUGGACGGACUUGCUGCCGUACCGGUGGAAGGAUUCGACAGACGACAUUACCGGAAUGUCUACUGCGCCAUGUGCCACGGGCUACCUCACACUAAUGUCACCUUUUGGACCAUCUCCUACAAAGACAAGAAGACGUCGGGUAUUAGGUUCCUUCCCAACAGCAUUGUCCUACAAAUUGCUAGAGGUCAGGUUCUAAGCGACCACUACCAGAAAUUAUUCAGCCCUCCCAACUUCCAAGACGCAGAGUACUUAGCGCCCUCUAUGCUUCGAACAUGUUAUAUUUUGGACGCGAUUUCUUGUCCAAUCAGCGACCCCCGUGCGGUAGAGCUCUGCCUUAGACACUACGCGCCAUUCAUGUGGAACGGGACGACCUACCGAAAUUUCGCUUGCGUUCGGUGCGACGACACACCUUUUCCUCCCACCUAUGUUUUUUCGAAAUGGUGCGACUCUCCUCGAGGUGGUGGCAGGCCUGCCUCCAUGGCUACACUGCUGGUUUUCUCUGACCGCACAGACAUCGGCGGACAUCUCACUGUUGCUGGGUCUGUGGGCAGCGACACUGCCUGCACACACCGUCAAAUCUACGAUCCUUUUUCGUCCUCCUGCCUAGACCUGAGUUGCCCGGAAGGCUUCGCGCUACGCGACGGCGGCGUGGGAUGCGCGAGAAUUCGCGAGACUGAGAAUGAAUCAACUGGCCUGAAGUCCAACGUCGAGGUCGCCCUCACCGUCAUGGUUAGUCUGGACAUGGAUACUGAAGCUCAACACACGAAUCGACUGAAUGAAAGUUGGGAAGAAGUUGCUCACCAAGCUGCUAAAGAUUAUCAGUCCACCACCUCCCUUUGCGAAUUGGACGAGGAAAUGACAGAGAACAAUCAGGUCGACCGAGACGAUGAAUUAUGUGACGACUUUAGCGUCCAGUGGUCAUGCACAAUGGACGUCGCCAUCCUGGAUUCUACACCCGGAUGUCUGUCAGGCAGUGUCUUAGCGUGCAGCAUCAACGUGUCUUUCAACAUUCUGUCGCCCUUAGUUGACCAUAUCAUUGCUCAGAACGAUGAACUCUCCAGCAAGUGCUUUGUCAGUCGAGUCGGGAACCACACCAUUCGACCUGACUAUCUGGCAGUCUUAACUCCUUGCGACAAACUGUCCAAUGAUACUGAAGAGGAGUCUAACUUUAACAACGCUUUCACUUUGAAAGUUGCGUACGUUCGGGACAAGGACUCGGGACACUUUGUGGUCUCGCAGAAUGAUUCCUGCGCGGAGUUGCUAGUCGACUGCCCUCUGUUGACAUUUUCAAAAGAUGAUUACGUCAUCACUGGCGCCCUCAACGACUCGAUUAGACUCACGGCGCACGACCGCCUGCUCCGUAGUGGCGAGUUUGAGAUAAAGUCCGAUGGGGAUGUAGAGGUGUGUAACUUUCUUCAACCCUCUGCCGACCCUCCUUACAUGAAGUUUGGCCCCGCCCAGGACAUUCUCACAGCCACCGGCAGUAGCUUGUCCCUGAUUGGUCUGGUUGUCACAAUCGCUACCUACGUCGCGUUCCCGUCUCUGCGUCGCAACGCGGCGGGUCGGGCACUCAUGAGUCUGGUGGCGGCGCUCUUUAUUGCCCAGUUAACAAUGCUCAUUGGUCUUAAUCGCACUGACGUCCCCACUCUCUGCGUCACAUUCGCGAUCAGUUCCCAUUACUUCUGGCUCGCCGCGUUCUUCUGGAUGAACAUCCUUGCCGUGGACAUCUACCGCACCUUCGGCAUCGGCACCAGCCUAAGUGACCCCAACAAAAGGUCAUUCUUUCGCUACGCCCUCUACGGCUGGGGCGCGCCAACCGUCAUCGUCGCCACCGUCGCCGUCUUGAGCUUCUGCGACUGCGUGGACGCCGACGUCUCCUACGGCACUGCGCGUGCGUGCUGGGUCGGCAACGGGACAGCCAAUCUGGUGUCCUUUGGCGUACCGAUUGUUGUGAUUCUCUGCUCCAAUGCGGUCCUAUUUUCUCUGACCGUUGCGGGGGUCAAGAGGACGCGGAUGGCAUCCAAGCGGAUGAAUAUCACCCAGGGGCAGAGCGGAUCGGCGGCAAAUAGGCCUAACAACGACCUUUUCCUGUACCUGAAGCUAACAGCUAUCAUGGGUUUCACCUGGGUCUUCGGCUUCGUAGCCUCCUUCUCAGGCGUCGAGUUCUUCUGGUACCUCUACAUCGUCCUGAACUCCACCCAGGGGGCGCUCGUCUGCCUGGCCUUCGUCUGCAACCGGCGCGUGAUGGCCAUGUGGAGGGCAUGGCUUGACUCACGGCGCGGACGUCCAGGAGCGUCCGCGUCGGGUCGAGGUCAAAGGUCAUCCAAAUCGGCCGUGCCCCAACAGAGCCAAGCGGAGAGUGUAACCAAAGGCACAGAUAUGUAAAUAAAGGUACAAAGGAACAUCUGCUUUUGACGCAUUUUCUUUUUCUUUCCGUUUCAAGUAACAAAAUUUCUCAAAAUCUGAAGAAGGGUGCAUAGCAACUAACUUAUUGAAGUUUAUGCUACAUGAAUACUCACUUUUAAAAAAACAGAGAAAAAUACGUAUGCGCAAUUUUUGGGACUCUUAACUGGAUGUUAACGGACGUAAAAAAAUGUGCCCGCGGGCACAUUUUCUGAAACCAGAUUCAAGGAUUGUUUUCUUCAGAAUGAUACCAUUUCAGGCGGAAUAAUUUCACAGGGUAUUUGGUACCAGUCCUAUCUUCACAUGUCCUCGUUAAAUCGUUAGGUACGUUUGCGGAUAGUUGCAAAAUGUUCCUACGUGCUUUUAAUU